AUGAACGUUACACGGAACCUUUUUAAAGCUACGAAAAAGGCAAACCGUGGUACUGUGACCCCUGCGAAUUAUUCCAUACCGGGUUGCAGUUACGCAGGGGCGUCGAGAAUCGACGAUUUAUCCGAUAUCUCAAAGACUACAGAUGGCGUUGCGAGAUCGGAGAUCGAAAUCGCCGAGAAAUCGCGGGACAGAAAUGACGCCACCGCGGCAAUUGAAACCGAAAGUAUACUUCAGAGUGCACCGGAACCACGUGGUCUUCCUCUGUUUGGAACGCUUUUUUCGUUUCUGCUCGCUGGCGGCGCGAAACGACAGCACGAAUAUGUGGAUAGAAGGCACAAAGAACUAGGCCCGGUUUACAGGGAGAGACUGGGACUUGUUUCGGCGGUGUUUAUCAAUUCGCCACAGGAGUUUCGGCGAGUUUUUCGGAUAGAGGGUCAGGCGCCCAAACACUUCUUACCGGAAGCUUGGAUGCUGUAUAACGAUAUACGAAAAUGUCGACGGGGUUUACUCUUCAUGGAUGGAGAUGAAUGGAUAUACUUCCGCAGAAUAUUGAAUAAAGUGCUCUUGGUACCGGAUUCCACAAACUUAAUGGCUGGCCCUUGCGAAGAUGCAGCCGAGGAACUUAAGCGGAAAUGGGACGAACAGAUAAAGACCGAUGCUGUGGUACCAGAGUUACAAGUUCAACUUUAUCAGUGGUCUAUCGAAGCAAUGGUGGCCACUUUGAUGGGCAGCUCUUGGCAAUCCAGCAAACGUGAAUUGUCGCAAGAUUUUGAAAAAUUGGCACGACUGUUGUACAAAAUAUUCGAGUAUUCUGUUACGUUGGCCGUAAUGCCAGUCAGAGUGGCGAUGAAUUUACGACUUCCUGUUUGGAUGAAAUUCGUAGCCUGCGUAGACACGGUUUUCGAAACUCUUCGGAUUUUGGUGCCGGAAAUGAUUAAAAUAGGCGGCGACGGAUUGUUGAAUAAAAUGUUAAACGAAGGGAUUCGAGAAAAGGAUGCUGUUUGCAUUGUCACUGACUUUAUUAUAGCAGCUGGUGAUACGACAGCGACCACAUUGCAAUGGAUACUUUUACUGAUGUGUAAGCAUCCGGAGAUACAAGAAGAAUUGUACGAGCGUGUGAAGGAACUUCCGCAGAAAGAGGUGCUACGCGAUCCGCUGUUGAAAGGUAUAAUCAAAGAGACUCUCAGGUUGUACCCUACCGCGCCAUUCAUUUCUCGAUACUUGCCGGAGGAUAGUGUGAUCGGUAAUUACUUUGUGCCAAAAGGGGUAAAUGAACUUUUAAGCCGUAAUGGCGCGAAUUUCUCGCGGCCGAACGAGUUCCUACCGGAAAGAUGGAUCAGAACGGAAAAAGGCACUUACAGCGGCCUAUUAAACCCUCACGCGAGUUUGCCGUUCGCUUUAGGUGCCAGAAGCUGCAUCGGCCGGAAACUGGCGGAAGUACAGAUAUCGUUCGGCUUGGCGAAGCUGGUGAAAUCGUUCAAGAUAGAUUGUGUAAAUAAGGAUCGAAUAGAAAUGAUUCUGCAUUUAAUAUCUGUCCCGUCGGAGUCGAUGCAGUUGAGAUUAACCCGAAGAGAGUGACAAGGAAACUGAGGAAUGUAAAUAAAGUACAUACGGCAAGGAAGUAAAAUACUCUCUUGCUUUGUUAUAUUUGCAAUUCGAAUACUUUCCACGGUAUAUACAACAAU